GUUCGAAUCUGCUUCCCCCUCCAUGUAUGUUCAUCAGGUCAAUUUCGGCAUAUAUGUAUCUAAUGCCGAUUGUUUCCGCAUUCCCAUUAAGUCAUAAGCAGUUCAAGUAGAGUUUCUAUAUUAUGCAAAAACAAAAUAAUUGAAAUAAUAUUUUGAUGUAAUUUAUCUCAAGAAACAUGUUCAACGUCUUAGUGUGGGCGAAACAAUCAAUAGCAAACUGACGGUACUUAUGCAAAAAAAGAUGAUAAAUUUAUCGUAAUAAUUGUAAAUUAUACUCUAAUGUUGUAUUAAAAACUUUACAAACGUGUUCAGAUAAAGUGGUAGCAAGUCUUAUGACUUUUUCCAAAUAUGGAUUAUAUUAAAAAGUAUUAUUAUUAUUGGAAAAGAGACAAGAAAACAUAAAUUAAAACAAAGAUAACAAAAGAAAUGUAAUGAAUUGGUUGGUUGUAGUGUGUUUUGUAGUAUUAACUAUUAUUCAUCUGAUAUAAUUUCGUUGAAGUUGGUUUAAUUUGUAGGUUGUUUUCAUUACAGACUGAUCUCUACGGUAAUUAUGGCAUUGGAAGCCUAUCAAGCAGUUCUAAUAGUCAAGCGUUCCCCUAAAGCCUUGAAAGUCCUGAGUUCAACUUCUUGUUAGAUCUUUGAUGUGCACUUCUGAAACGCUCUAUGAUAGGAUAAAACAGCUACUUAGUGUGCCCUGAUUUUGAAUAUUAUCUCAGAUGAGAACAGUAAGCAGUAAAUCCAAUCUAUGUAUUUUUUAAACAAAGAAUAAUUAAGAUUUCGCUAAAAUUCUCUAUUUUUUGUAGUGUCCUAAUUAUCACAAAUAGUCACUCAUUGGUUAUCCAGAAAUCAUCAAAUGAAUAUCCCAUUGAUCAAACCGUUUCAUAUUCUUUACCAAAAGAAUGUACACUUUUACCAAAUCAAAAAUUUCUUAGUGUAUUACCUGGAUUUGGAUGGGAUAAUCUGGUCAACCGUGAAAGAGGUCCUAUAAUAGAUGUGGAAAGAUAUUCACUAUGUCGACGUUCUGCAGACGGGAACUUUCUAAUUCCGGAUGAUAUAACUGUUCAACCAAUAAAGAAUUCGAAAAUUAAAUUAUCCUCUGAAGUCUACGAAUCAAUUAGUCAAUGUCAUUCAUUAGUAGCUUAUUCCAUUAAUUCAGCUGUUGGUGGUGAAUAUUCGUUAUUUCGUAUUAAUGGAGAUUUUUCAUCGGAUAAAGAAACAUUACGUGAAAAACUAAGUCAAAAAUUAGGACUUAUUGUUCAAAGUGAAAUGCGUCAUAAUCGUUAUUUUAUUCAAUUAAUACCUGAUUCAAAAUUACAUCCACGUUUUAAAAAUCGUCUGUUAGAUAUUGCUGCUUAUUUAGAACAUGGAAAUGUAACAAUGGAAACUAUUGAAUUAUUUAAUAAUGGUUUAAUUGGUAAUACAUUAAGAAAUUCAUUAGGAAUUGUAACAAAUGAGAAUUUUAAAUCAUUAAGUCAAGGUACAAAUGCAUUUUAUCUAGCUGAUCUAGUUGUUCGCGAUUUUGGUACACAUUGUAUAAACUCAGUUCAUGCUGGAGGUGUUUUAGCAAAAAUUGACACAUUGGAUACAAAUUCAUUAAAUACUAAAAAAGAGGAUCGAUGGCAUUUGGGUGCAUCAGCUACAAUAAGUUUUGCUAAUCUCUUUAACGUUAAACUUGGUGGAUCUGUAAACAUUAACGAUUCUUUGAUUCAAAAUUAUGAAAGUAAAAUAACGUAUAGUCAAGUUUUAACCUAUGGUGGUCCUAUUAUUUACAUGUCUGAUGUGAAUUUAUCACUUUGGGAAUCUGGUCUAGACAAUCAACUAGUGGCUAUUGACAGAAGUGGACAACCAAUUUAUGAAUUAAUUACAGAUAGAUCAUUACCUGAGUUACCUAGUCAUAUGAUAAUUCGACUGACUGCAACAAUUAAAUCAGCUGUUGAAAGAUAUUAUAAAGCUAAUACAGUAGUUGGCUGCAUGAAUCCUUUAUCAGUUUUUUAUGAUAAUGAAGCAAAUGUAGCUUCACCGGAAUGUGAUCUACACAGUAAACAAAUUACAAACUCAACUUUAUAUCUUGGAGGAGUUUAUCAAAAGUGUACUGGUCCAGAUGAUUUAUGUAUUGGUGAAACUAUACCUAAUCCACUUACUGGUGAUUUAUUUUGUUCACAAGGUUAUACACCAAUACAACUGUUACCACAACAAAUUAGAAAAUGUUAUAGUGUAUGCAGUGAAAAAUCCUGGUUUAAAAAUCCCGACUGUACAACUCAAUGCGCUAUUACUGAAUCUUACUGGUGUUCACGUGAUCCAUCAUUAUCAUCAUCUAAUAUACUAGACAACAUUGAUGGUGGUUAUUUAUUUGGUGGUCUUUAUACAGAUAAAGAGGUGAACAGUUUAACUAAACAGUAUAAUUGUCCACAAUAUUACUGGCCAAUAACACUUGGUCGACGUAUGCGUAUAUGUUUAUCAACUGAUCGUGAAUUAGGUGGUAAAUAUUCAUUACCAUUCGGUGGUUUCUAUAGUUGUUAUUCUGGUAAUCCUUUAACUGCUUUAAUUAAUAUUAAUCAAACUGAUGAUAUAGAUGGCAACAGACAACAUACCCGAAUACCAGAAUGGUUUAAAAUACAACAAGAACGAAUGUCAUUCACUCUUCCAUCAUCACCACCACCACCACAACAACAACAACAACAAAAGCAUGGAACAGUGCGGUCAAUGCUGCGUAAUGAUAAUUUCAAUGACCAAUUUGUACAGAAUGAUUUUUCCCAACUAUUUGCUGCAUUAUGGCCGAAAAAAUGUCCAAUUGGAUAUACAGCACAUUUAGCUGCUAUGGAAGAUAUAUGCCAAAAAAAUACAUUAAUGAAUAUGGUUGUUUAAUACCAGGAGGGGUUUUUAUGGAUAUUAUAGUAAUUUCAAUAGUUGAGAUCAUGAGUCAAUUGAAGCUAGACCACCAUGGAAAACCUGGUUGUGAUAAUGAUGAAAGUAAAUUAUUGCGUUCAAGCAAACUUCUUAAAAGAACAAGUAAGACGUCAAUUGAAACGGCCUCCAUUUAUUUUACCACUUUCAUUUGAUUCACAUUUAUUUAAACUAAAGGAUUCAAACAAUUUCAUUGAAUCAAGUUCAAAUGAAAUACAUGAUAAAAAUGGUAAUAUAAUUAGAAAAAUUAAUGGUCGUUGGGAGGAGCCUAAUGAAUUUAAUAUUGAUAAUAAUAAUAUUAUUCAUAAUAAUCAGAAAUCACAAAAUAUUCAAUAUGCAUUCAUUGCAACACUUAGUACAUUAUUACCAAUUAUCAUUGUUUUAAUUAUAAUCAUAUCUAUCCUUAUAUUCUAUCAUAUACGUCAACAAAGUAGAUUUACAUCACAACGUCGUAAUUAAACAUCAAUUUACACAUUGAACUGUAAACAUAACAUCUGUAUGUGAAUGUAGAUUGCUUAAAAUUAACCACCGAUAAGCAUUAAAAGUUCAACAUGACAUUUUAUACAACAUUCUUUAUUUGUAGUCAGUUGAGUUAUUCUAUUAAUUUAUCUUUGAAUUCGUUAAUUCAUUUAUAAUACAGAUAUAUUUGGAUUUAUGUAACUUUAUUAAAUAAAAU